AUGAUGACCAGCACGGUGUUCCUCAUGGCGGCGGUGGCGAUGGCCGCGCCCGUCGACACCAAUGCCAUCCCCAACACCAGCGACAAUCCCUUUGUGCGCCACUGGCACCUGCCCCUGGGCACGGUGUUCAUUAUCGUCGGCGCCAUCUUAGGUGCCAUGAUCGUGGCGUUUGUCGCCUACCACCUCGCGACCUGUCUCUACUACAACCGCAAAGCACGCCACGAACACGAGACGUUUGCCGGCCACUUCACCGACCUGGACCAGCUGUCCAUCGAUCUCUCGCUGGACGGCGACUACGCCGCGUCGCUGGCCGGCCGGCUGUACCGUGAUCUGAUGCUUAAGCGGGGGCUGAUGUAUGUCAGUCCUACUCUCUCUCUCAAACUCAAGGGCCUGGAGUCAGUGCUCGAUUUGACCGGGCUGACCAUUAUCGAAUCAGCCACCAACACGGGGCUGAACGUCGACCAGCUGACGAUGGGUGGCUAUACCCCCACUCUCAAUCGACUGGUGCCUGACUUCUCUGCGAGUCAAUUUGGCUCGCAAAGCGAUACUGGUCGCCCGGCGCUGUUGUUCAGCGUCAACCACAUGGCCUACCAGGGCGAAGUGCUGGCGCUCUACGGCAACAACAGCAACUACUUCAACAACAUGCUUAAACCUGGGCGCCGAGAGUCCACGGGUGCCUCACAACGACUCAGUGUCGACUGGCUGGCGAUGCCCGAACCUCCUAAGCCCAGCGACCAGCUGACGCUGCUGCUGCAGCCGGCCGCGGUGAGCCGACGCCACAGUCAAGUGUUGGAAGACCUUUUGGCUGGCACGAGCUCGCGACCGCCGUCGAUGGUGUUAGAAGACCUUUUGACUCGCAUGGCUGAAGACGACACUGCCGACAGUGCUCCUCGAUAA